CGGUAAUCAACGCGUUUAAAACUAACCCGUAUUCAUCAAUUAGAUUUCUACGCAUAAAUACCAUUUCCAAAUCUACGCAUAUUUACUCUUUACAAAUCAACGAGUUGUUGACGCAUGAAAAUGUGCGCUUUUCCCGAUUUUUAUCUACGUUAACUUUUCUACGCAGAUUAAUGCUUUCAAAACCUAACCGUUUUCAUCUGUUCGAAAACAACAUCUUUUUACCCUUGAUGAAUCCACGCAUUCUUGACGACUCAAAAUGCGCACUUUCCGAUUUUCAUCAACGUUAACCAUUCUACGCCGAAUAACAUAUUGGCAUACGUUACCAACCUGGGUAACUAUUAAGACGAUACCGGUUUGGGAAUUCGUUUACAUGUCACCCACUUGGGGAUACCAAGUUGGUAACGUGUAAACAGAUACCCAGGUGGGUAAUGUAUAAACACAUACCCAAACGGGUAACGCUUCAACAGAUACCCAAGUGGGUAACAUAUAAACAGACACCCAGGUCGGUAAGGUAUGAACAGAUACCCAAGUUGGUGACAUAUAAACAAAUACCCAAACGCGUAACGUAUAAACAGAUACACAGCUGUAAAAUGUAUGAACAGAUACCCAAUUGGGUAUCAUAUAAAAAAAUACCCAAAAUGGGUAACGUGUAAACAGAUACCCACGUGCGUAACAUAUGAAUAGAUACUCCAAGGGUUAACGUAUGAACUGAUAACCGAUUUGGACUCAGCGAUCCCGAUAAGCUAUAGGAAAGUUUGACCAGAAUUGUGAUUGGAGGUGAAAUAAAAAGUCUACCUUGUGAAUUUUUGACUCUAGUUCGACCGAUUUUCUCAGCCAUGAAAACUCAGAGGGAAAAACUGAUAACGGAUUUGGACUCAGCGACCCCGAUAAGCUACAGGAACGUUUGACAUAGAUAAUAAACUGGUGAAGAGUUAAUUGCAAAAACUAUGAAUGCUUCGCAUAGUCUAGGCAACGAACACUGGUUCCGUGGACAUUUUACGAAAUCUUUUUUAACUCAAUAAAACAUAUUCAUAGUUGAACGGGUGAAUACGAAUUGAAUUUGUUUGAAUCGCAUCGAAAAACGAAAUAUUUUCUAAUUGAAUAAAACGUGUUCAUAAUUUAACGGGCUCAUACGAGUUAAAUUUAUUUGAAUUACAUGGAAAAACGAAAUGUUUUCUAACUCAACAAAACGUGUUCAAAAUUGGACCCAUUUUUCAACGUAAAAUGGCAUGAAGCAACGCAAAUUAACGAAGAUUUUCUUAGUGUGAAAAAAUUCAUCGAUAAAUAUACGGUGGAAAACGGAGGAAGGGUUCGUGAAAACGGUGAUUUAUUCUUAAGGAUGCGUAAAAACAGCGUUUUUACGCGUUUUUUUUUAGGGUCGUGUUUGUCUGGGAACUGUCUCAACAUCAGCUAACGAUGAAGAGCAGCAAUUACAGGAGGAAGAGGACGAGAGUGACUUCGACUCUGCACUCACUGUUACUGAAGCUUAUGAUUUACUAGACGACGCUAUGCGUCUUCUCGACGGUAGGAUUCAGCAAUUAAAUCAAUUGAAAACAGACUGA